UGACUCAGUGCCAUUACUGCCGGUACUGAGGAUGGAACGCACGUCUCUCGACCACUCUUGGCAGGUUCUCCCACACGCCGAGUGACUGGGCGUUUGUUUUUAACUUCCAAGACGUCGAAGUGAUCUCGAAGUCUCCGUCUUGUAGGUGUUCGAGGAAUUUGCGACAGGAAGGGAAGGCGAAGGGAAGGGAGUCUCGGCGUUUGAUGUGCGAAGAGAAAAAGGCGUUGGUGGAACUGAGUGACUUUUUCGAAUGGAGGCGAACUUUUUCUGGAAGAGCUGGGCAUUCGUGUUGAUGUUUUGAUUUCGCUUAUCCGGUCUUUUAGAAAGAAAUAGUUUUGUUUUAUAAAUUAUCCUAGCAUUUGAUUGCAAAGUCAUUAGCUAUAACGGAUUCAUUGCUUCUUUUGGUUAAUAUUUCUGGAUUUCCAAAAAAAAAAAAAAAAAAAAAAAAGAUCUUCGAAGUGCUCUUUUUCGCACUCAAUUGAUACGUAUUAAGAAAAAUAUAAAAAAGUGGCUCAGAUUCCGUAAAGAUGGUUACUCGGUACACCAUCGACCAGAUUCUGUCCUGCACGACGGAGGGGCAGAAGGCAAAGUCACCGGCGGUCGCUCCAGGAGACGAGGCGCCCUUUGGGCUCUCCGCCGCCGCCACCAGGACCUCGCCCGCGUCUCCUUCCUCUCCGGCCUCACAGACACUCGACCUCUCUCUCCCGACGGGCGUGAGAAGGCGAGACGAAGGGAUCGGGCGGAGCAGCCUCGCGAAGUGGAGCGACGUCCAACGGCCGCGGGAAGUCAAGAGGGAAAGGGACGACGAGAGGAGAGACCCCCACCAGUCUCCCCCUUCAGCCGUGCCGAGGGCCCCGUCCUCGGAGGUCAAGGAAAAAUGGAAGGACGAGGAGGAGGACGGCCAGCAGGCGGGCUACGGCCCCCGCGCCCUCGCCCCGGCCUCCACCGUGGCGAGGCCCGUGCCCGUCCGCCUCGCUCAGGCCUCCAAGCCGACGCUCCACGGGCCGCCCACGCAGAGCCUGGUAGAGCCCGCGUUGGCCUCCGCCCACCUCAGGCCGCCGCAACACCUGAGGGCGGAAUGGAGGCCCGAUCUCCUCUACGGCGGAGGAGGAAGAGGAGGAGAAAGGCCGUUUGGCAUUCUGGAAGCGAACGUCGGAGGAGGAGGACGAGGAGGAGACAGGGGAUACGGCCUCCUGGAUCCCAACCUCGGAGGAGACGUCUGCGGCCUGAUGGUUCGGCAGUACCUGGAGGCUCACUACAGGAGCCUCGUUGCCCCGAGGGCGUUCCUGCCUCUGGGGAUUCCCCUCCUUGACCCAGCCACCUUCGCCUACCCACACCCGGCCAUGAACAGGUCGCGGCGAAGGGGCGGGCAAGUGCGGUUCACAGGAGAACAGACGAGGCAGCUGGAGGCCUGGUUCGCCAAGCACAAGUACAUCACGCCUCAGCUGCGCAAGACCAUUGCUAGGGAUCUUAGUCUGCAAGAAAGACAGGUUAAAACGUGGUUUCAAAACAGACGAGCGAAAUGGAGGAAGGGUCAAAUACAUAUUGACGGAGGAGCAUACCACGACCUCCACCCCUCCCCCAACUCCCCCUCCUCCCCUAGUUCAAGAACCAGCGAAGAGGACCGACACGAAAGGGAGGAAGAGGAAGAAGAGAUGGAGGAGGAGGUGAUGCUAGAAGACAGAGACGAGGAGGAAGAGAGCGGUGCAAGGAAUGUGAAAAUGGCAGAAGGAAAACGUGACCUCCCCAAGAGAGGCGAAGACGUGGUAAACAAGGAGGAAGAAGAAGGAGGGGCGGCAUCAAGGAAGGAGGAGAAGGGCGCCCACAAGAUGCUCCUAAGGAAGAACCAUGUCUGAGAUAUAGCAACACCCUUGUUAUGUCCCCCCUAAAAAAAUUUUUUUUCGUUUUCUCUUAUGGUUCUUACUGCUUUCGUUUUCUUUUCUCUUCGACCCGUUUUCUUUUCGCUUUGAUGUCACUUAAGGAUAACUUGUGAAAAUUAUACACUUUGAUUCCAACAAUAAUAUCUCAAGUAUCAUAGAAGUUCAUUACUAAUAAGAAGUCAUAAUUCACACUUAAUUGUUAGAAAUAUAGGCUCACUUUUUUUUUAAUUAAUGAGGUAAACUGAUUAGUUAUUUGCACGAAAUUCCUCAAUACCCUGGGCAGGUCCAGGGCCAUAUGAAGUGCAAAUAAAACAACUACAAAAAGAUGAAAAUGUGUCAUAUUCUUGUUUAUUUCGUAAAAUAAUGUCCCUGUUUCGUGUUUUUUUUAAUUGUUUUACUCGAGGGAAACGAACCUACAGUGUACUGGCAGGUCCAAUACUCUUUUUCGUUUUUCUGAAUAUUUAUUUGGGAAGUUCAUUACUUAUUUCCUCUUAAGCAUUAGUUUGGCUUUCUGUUGUCUCUUUGUUAUUUCUUUAAAAACCUGAUAAACUUUCAUCGUUCUUUUGUUUGG